AUGAUGCAUUCGUCGAUUUCGCGAACUGUGCACAAUAACAGCUCGAUGAAUUUGGGACCGCCACUGUUACUCAAUCAUGGCGAUGAACAUGAGCAGCUCAAAAUGCGCGAUGAAGUUGCCGGUGUGACACUUACAAGAACCGAAUUGACACUCGUUCUCAGCAUGUACAUUUGCGCCGUCGUAUUCCUCGUGAUCAUGUUCGAAUACCUCAAACCAUCAUUAUCGGCGCAUCUACUAGGCACUCGUAAUUAA